AUGAGCCAAAUAGAUAAGAUGUCUACUCAAGACAAUUGGCGAUGGUGCAACAAGUGCCAAGGUCUCUUCUACCAUGGUUCUGGCAACGGUGUUUGUCCUGUUGGCGGAAGCCACAACCCCGACACCAGUGGCGACUACAAGCUCAAGGUCGAGGCGAACCCUGGCUCUAAUGAGCAGAACAACUGGCGCUGGUGCAAGAAGUGUCAGUCUCUCGCCUACGAUGGCUCUGGCACCCCUGUGGACAGCAGUCCGAGUGGCGCUGGUGCAACCGCUGCCAAGGACUCAUCUACUCCAAGACUGCAUUCUGCGCUUCGGGCAACAACCACGAUUCCACCGGAAGCGGGAACUACUCGGUUCGCUUUAACACUGGAGGGGAUCAAGACAAUUGGCGCUGGUGCAACAAGUGCGAGACUCUCUGCUACGCUGGAGCUGGGUGGAAGUGGUGCCGCAAGUGUCAAGCUAUGUGUUAUGCUCAGUCCCCCGAUGGUGACCUUGGGGAUUGCUCUUCUGGAGGGAAGCACGAUCAUACGGGUAGUGGCGAGUAUUCCAUUCCCACUAGCAAGACGGAUGGCGCACAGGAAGGAUGGCGCUGGUGCAACAAGUGCCAAGUCCUCUAUUACUCUGCUCCCAAGCGCUGCGCAGGAACAGGGGCCCGACGAGUGUUUUGCGAAGCGGAGAUUUCGCGGCGGAGUGAAGCGCGACGAAGCACACGGUCAGAGUGUCAUCCGUUGCCUAAACACACCCACCAGAGGGGCUUCUGAAAAGACAGAGGUGCUCGGUUUGCUCGCCAACAAUAUUCAGAUUAAUCAGGAGGGGAAGGAGGUCUGGUUAUUCUCGGAACUGGUCGUGUAUCCUGCCGCCUCCUCUUGUACCACACGAUCGUAG